AUGAAGCAAAGUAAACGAUGUUUUGAAGGAAAGAUUAGAAAGCAAUCUACUUCAUGUCUAAAUUGUGAGACUUCCAAAUUCGGCCCUUUUCUUGUUAUAUUUGAUGGCCGUUAGGCCUCUGCAAUUCAUCACUCCUCGAAACCACCAUCAACACAUAUUCUCCAUUUUCUUCCUCCCUUCUCUUUCUCUCUCCACCCUUCAUUCUCCUGGCGAUCUCUUUUUUUCAUCCUUUCCUUCUUCAACCAGCCAAAGCCGUUUGUUCCUCCGUCAAUUCGGUUCAAAUCUCCCACCUCCGACACGUUCGUCGGAGAUCCGGCGACUUCUUAGGCCUUCAGCAACAUCAGAAACGCUGGCGCAAAGAAUCGGAAAAUCGCUUCGCCGCCCUGGCGCCGCCUCAAAAGCUAGGGUUUAUUGCGAUGUCAAUGUUAUUCGACCUAAAGAGUAUUGGGAUUACGAGUCUCUCACUGUUCAAUGGGGCGAACAAGAUGAUUAUGAAGUGGUGAGGAAAGUUGGUAGAGGCAAAUAUAGCGAGGUUUUUGAGGGUGUUCAUUGUACUAAUAAUGAAAAAUGUGUAAUAAAGAUCCUUAAACCUGUUAAGAAGAAGAAGAUUAAGAGGGAGAUCAAGAUACUGCAGAACCUUUGCGGUGGACCAAAUAUUGUGAAAUUGCACGACAUUGUUAGAGAUCAGCAGUCGAAGACCCCAAGCCUUGUAUUUGAACAUGUGAAUAAUACAGAUUUUAAAGUGCUUUAUCCUACACUGUCGGACUAUGAUAUUCGCUACUACAUCUAUGAAUUGUUAAAGGCUUUAGAUUAUUGUCACUCACAAGGCAUAAUGCAUCGUGAUGUGAAGCCCCACAAUGUCAUGAUUGAUCAUGAGCAACGAAAGCUACGACUUAUAGAUUGGGGUCUUGCAGAAUUCUAUCACCCAGGGAAGGAGUACAAUGUUCGCGUUGCAUCAAGAUAUUUCAAGGGUCCUGAACUUCUUAUUGAUUUGCAAGACUAUGAUUAUUCUUUGGACUUGUGGAGCUUGGGGUGCAUGUUUGCAGGAAUGAUAUUUCGUAAGGAACCAUUCUUUUAUGGACAUGAUAAUUAUGACCAAUUGGUCAAGAUAGCGAAGGUUCUUGGUACAGAUGAGUUAAAUGCAUAUCUGAAUAAAUACCGCAUAGAAUUAGAUCCGCAUCUUGCUAACCUUGUGGGAAGGCAUAGCCGUAAACCGUGGACAAAAUUUAUCAAUGCCGACAAUCAACAUUUGGCAGUCCCAGAGGCAGUUGACUUUGUUGACAAGUUACUGAGAUAUGAUCACCAGGAAAGGCCUACUGCUAAAGAAGCAAUGGCGCAUCCCUACUUCUACCCAGUAAGAAAUGCAGAAAGCAGCCGAACCCGUACACAAUAGAUGAAUUGUGCUAAUUACAUGGAUGGUUGAGUUGAACGUGUCUAAAGCUUCUGGUUGUCAAGCUGAUCCGUAUGUACUCUAUAUUUUGAAGUCUGGUGCCUCAGCACUUCCAGUCUAGUGUAGGCUUCUCUAUUUAGACAGUGAGUUGAACAUGGACAAUUUCCACCAAGCAACCAUUUUCCAUCUUGUUAUGGUUUGUGUAAUCAAACUUUCAAGGAUUUAAAUUAUUUUUGGAUCAAGGUUUUC